AUGGCGGGCAACACUCUUCCUCCCGAUGCUUUGCAACCACUGACUGUGGACGACACUGAAGUACCCACGCCAACAUCAAGAGUUUAUGAGCGCAUGUGGAGUUCAUGGUCCUACGAGUUCCUUGCAGCCACACUGUCCCUCGUCAGCUUCUCAUGCCUUGUUACGACACUGAUCUUGUUCGAUGACAAGCCACAGCGGGAGUGGAGCUAUCACUACGUCACACGUAACGCGGUCAUCGCUGCCAUCUCUACCAUCACUCGUGCUUCUUUACUUGGUACUGUCGCCGUAUCACUGAGCCAAAACAAGUGGACGUGGUUCUCAACCUCUCCUAGACACGGCCGCAAACUCCAGGAGCUGGAAACUUUCGACAACGCCUCACGCGGGGCCAUUGGUAGCCUGCAACUGCUCGGAACCGUCAAACACAAACACGUCGCCUCACUCGGCGCGCUGGUCACUGUAUUUGCCCUAGGGCUCGAUACCUUUUCUCAGAAUAUCCUCGGGCUAAGAUACGACAAUGUCCUCCACCCGGGGGUUCUGGGGGUAGGUGCGAUUUCGCGGAGCGAGAUUUACGACGCAUCAAAUUCAGCCCCAGAUGGAUGGGUCAAAGGUCUCAAUUUUGACAUGAAGGCCGCUAUUUCGAAAGGCCCCCUCGGCGGGAAUACUCCCAUACCCUCACCUGAUUGUCCGACAGGCAACUGCACAUGGCCAGUGGUGCCGGGCUUAGCCGUGUGCGGCGGAAACGUCCCUGGUGAAGCCGGUCGAAUCUAUAUUAGCCACUUCUCCAUCAUCAACUCCGCGUUCGCGGAGAUCACACCCGAGGAUAGCCUGACUGCCACCGAAUGCGCCCUCUGGUUCUGCUUGCGAGCAUACAACACUUCAAUCCGUUCCGGGGUUGAGCACGAGACGGUGGAAUCGGAAUGGGACGUCGCAACGCCGUUUUAUCCUUUGCAAUACGACUGGUUUGACACAAGAGGGAGACGCAACUUCACCAACAUUCCGUCCAUGUCCAGUAUCACCGACGAUAUGGUAUUUGGAGCGACGCACGCUGUUGUGCACAUGAUGAAUGUCACCGUUUCUGGACAGAUCACUGGAAACGUGACGUGGGGCUUGCAUGGUGGUAUAUUUCAGUAUGGCUCUGACAACACACAAAGCCUCUGGAACGCACGAAAGGAUUUGGAUUCCUGGACCAAGAACCUCGCCUUGGCUAUGACAAACGUCAUACGUACCAACGGAACGAACCUGACCAAGUCGGGCUCAAGGUAUGCUGGCUCCGCAACGUCAACGGAAGCUUUCAUCAAAGUUCGCUGGCCGUGGAUGGUAUACCUAGCUGCGAUGCUGCUGCUGGGCUUGAUCCAUUUCAUGGCGACCGUUUGGCAGGUGGCAAAGGGUACCACAUUCUCCUGGAAAGGAACCCCGAUUAUUCCGUUACUGUUGACUGUUGAGAGUGAAGAAGGCGGUAUAGAAUGCAUCAGUUCGGAUGGACAACUCAUGGAGGAGGUUCGGGAUAGACGUGUGAUGUUACGGAUUGAGAACGGAAAGGGCUGGCAUUUUAGUAACGCAUUUUGA